GAUAGAGAGGACGAGUGUGAUCAUUGCGGAGUUCUCGGGGAUUCCGAGAAUACACGGUUCACACUGAGACCCGACUGUCAGUCCCGGAGCCCAGACUGCCGUAUGAGUUUUUGGACUCUACUACUUCCAUUCGUUGAGCCUCAGAGCACUCGCGUUUCCAAAAGCCAAGCGGUCUUUCAGUGCUGGGAUAGCGGAAUCAGGUUCCUAUGUGGGCAUAUUUGAGUUUGGAAAUGCUGAACUUCCAAAUAUAGAGCGGGACAGAGAAGGCUCAGGGCAGAGAAUCCUCCUAAUUCCUCUGACAGUGCUCACAGCUUCAUUUUAAAUAAGUGUGGAUUGAGUCAAACUUUCAUUGGCUGCAAAGUGAUGCCAGAUGUGUUGCCCUGCAAUGACUUUACAAAUGCAUUGUGGUCUUGUAUAUAAAACUCUUUGACGGGGAAAAGAGGACAAUCCAAACCCCUGCUGCUCUUCUCAUUCAUGGCACAGAUUAUAUUAAAACAUAUUCAGUAGUUUUAAAAAACACAUCAGGGUGUCCUACUGUUGAACAUGACUCAUGGGGUAGAGUCUGGCCCUGAAACUCAACAGGAUUCCACUGCUUUAACAUAUCUGGAGGGUUUGCUAAUGCAUCCAGUCACAACUGGGCCAGCUGCCACUGCUACACAGAGAUCAGAGCCUGAUCACAAUGGUGGUGAAAAUGCCAACAAGGUGACUAGGACAUUUCCGCUACCCAAACAUGGCUCCCCCUCACCAGACAAGGGCAGCCCACAUAGUGCAACCUCGCAGCACCAUAAAAAGGCCAGACUGCUUCGCUCAGAAGCAUGGAGUGAAGAUGACAGCAAGAAACAGGCUGGAAGUGUGGUGGAAGUUAAUGGACGAGGCCUGGAUGGCUCUGGGCAUGGGGAGAGCACAUUGCUGGCCUCUCUGCUGCAGUCCUUCAGCUCCCAGCUACAGAGUGUCGCCUUGUCACAGCACAUUUCUCAGAGCCACAAAUCGCUCAACAGGAAGAGCAGUGAAAGCGCUGCUGUUGAUAAGGAAACCCACAAGAGUUAUGGCACAGCGUCAGGCCACCUCAAAAGCCUCAUGAGGAAAAGAAAGCAGCAGAACCAUAACACUGUGCCUUAUUGUCGUCAUAGCAACCUGAACCGAAAUUCAGAUUCCCCUCGUUCCACUCAAAGCUCUGCCCAUACCACAGGAUCAGAAUCCAUGUCCUGCACCCAGCGGCUAAAGGCUGUGGCUAACAUAGUUCAGACCAGGUCCAGUCCCGCCACUUCCCCUAAGCCCAGUGUAGCCUGCAGUCAGCUGGCUUUACUGCUGUCCAGCGAGGUUCAUCUACAGCAGUACUCCAGAGAGCAGGCCUUAAAAGCACAAUUAAUAAGUCGAUCAGCGAGCGAGAAGCUAGCUGCCAUGGCCACACAGCAAACACAGGAUAAGAGACCUCCCAGCGUGGGGCAGCCGUCAACUUCCCCAGACAUGCUAAGCUCCUUAAAUGUUCAAAAUGGAGCACUCCCCCCACCAGCAUUAAUCUCCAGCAAGAAAAUCCCUUGCCUUCCCUCUUCCUCCCCAAAAGAGAGACGGCCCUUUGACAGACACAGUCGACCUCCACAGAACUGCAGCCGACUGCUACUCCUGCUUCUCAACAACCACAAUGCCCAGCAGCAGCUCACCAUGAACGGACACCUGGAGGACGAUCGCGACAUCCUCCCAAGACGGGCCUCCUCCCUACAGUCUGACAGUGACUACUCCAACCAGGAGAACUGUCUAACCAAAGACAGCAGUGAUACUGAGAGCUUCUCCAGCUGUUCCCCCAUCGACCUCUCCACGAGAGGUAGAGUGUCUAACCAAAAAUCAGAGGCUUGCUCUUCCGUAACCUCCUCUUUGGACAAGCUCACAGAGUCUCUCAUAAACAAAUGGAAGCCAGAACCUUCUACGCCAAAGGUCCAUGAGGCCACAAAUCUGGAUGCCAGCCCAGACAUGAAAUCCCAUGAUAAGGUCACCCUAAUGCAGUUACUGCUCGAGCGCAGAAAUAACAAGAAGGUAAACAAAAGUCCAGAUAAUCCUGGUUUGUGGCCUGACGCAGCCAUCAGCAGCUUGACUGCAAGCCCAUUUAGACAGAUUGGUUUGCCGGAGGACAGCAGGACCUGGAGUCCUCUGGACUGGCAGCCAGGUGGAGGUUUAUCUACAUUCAGCUCAGUCUCUCCUUCAUACUCCUACCUAACUCCCCAUGCCCAAUCUAGCCCUCUUGAUCUGUGCAAGUCUAUAGCUCACUCUAGUGAGAAGACAGCAGAGCCUUCAUUCAGUGCCAGCAAACUGCUACAGAAUCUGGCACAGAGUGGUGUAAAACACUUGUCCCCCUCUCCUCCUCUAUUACACACUCAAAAGUCGACCAGGAGAAGGCAAAGCCCAGAACUUGAGCUUGACAAGUCACAGGCUCAUCUGGAUCGGCUUGUUGCUCCAGUCAAACAGAACCGAAUCUCCAUGCUAGAUAGACCCCCUGCGACUCUCACACUUCACAAACAUGAGCAGUCACCUUUGGCGUCAACACAGGUAGAAAACCUUCUGGAGAAGCGCACUGUACUGCAGCAUCUGCUGGGUACUGCUUCCCACAAGGAAAGACCCAGUGUGCACAGAGUCUCAGAUGUUACAUCAGGGGGGCUGGAGAAGCCUCAUUGGACCUCCACCAAAUGUGAAAACUUAAACGGGUCUUCACUGGACCUAAAGAUAAAAAUGGAACCAGUAGAGAAUCGUUCAUUAGACGGCUCUGUUGAUGUUGUGUCACAUCAGAGACAAUCAGAGCAACACUCGCCCAUUUCUGAAGCACAGGACAAGAUCAAAUCUGAGCAAUGUCCUAAAGAAACAGCUGCUAAAUUUGGACUUCUUAGCAAGCUUUUGAAACAGCAGAACGCUACCUACUUUUCAAAACCACAUACUGAGCUCCUUGUAAACUCCGUUAAAGAGGAGUCACUGGAUUUUCACAGCCCUGUUCCUAAAAAAAGAAAACUGUGCAUUGAGGUGGCAGAGCACCUGAGUAAUGAGCUGUGCCAAAGAUCAGGAGAUACAACUAGUGACAAUCUGGUGUCCGGAACUCCUGAAUACAGUGGUAGAAGGCUGACAAGACCAAGGGAGGAAAAUUUAGUUGGGAGUCCAAGGAGCAAAGCUCCUCCAUCCAGAGAAAGUCAAGGCUUCAAUGUUCUCAAGCAACUCCUACUCUCAGAAAACUGUCUGAAGAAUUUAUCCCAACCCAGAGGGACCCCGAAUCCCUUCCCCCCUUCAGCCAACAGGAACCCAACUCAGUGUAGUUUCUCUCAUGAGUUAUCAAACUUGCCACGGUACCCCUAUUCUCUCAGUACAGGCCCUGAUGUCCCCAAAUCAGUGUCCAUUCCAACAUCUCGUGAUAGCAAUGGGGGGUCCCUACUUUGGGCUAAGGGCUCUCCCAAAGCCAGUCCUAAACCUGUUAAAAAAGAGCCUGAGGGGUCACCUGGAGAACUUGUUAGCAGGAAGAAGAGAUCCAGUCCAGACACACCCCCUUUUACCAGGUCUAAUCCAAUAUUGUACUACAUGCUCCAGCGAGGAAAUGGCCAGCUCAGAACUGAGAUACGGGAUCAGGUACAGCCAGCCCACUGUGCAAUAAGUGCAAAUGUGGAACCUUGUCAUGAUAACCAUAACUAUGAGCACAGGAUAAACUCUCUGGCCCACAGACAGUCUAGCAGCCAGAGAGAGGAGAAUCUGAAUGGCUCAGUGGAGAAAUGGUAGACCUUUACUAUCAGAAACAGCAAGAUGCAUGGUCAUGCGUUUCUUUUUUCUUUUUCCUUAAUAUUAUGAAACAAAGACUAUUUGGUUGUUUUCCACUGUUUUAAAUUAUUUUGUUUGUAUAUUUGAUGGAUUAGUUUGUUUGUUAGCUUUUUUUAUGUCAGAAUGAGAUGGUCACUUGGCCCUCCAUGAUUUAAUUAUUUUGCAUACACGUUUUUUGUUCAGCGUCUCUAAUGAAUGGAUAUUUAGUGUGUAUGCUGAGCUAACUGUCCGGCACGAUGUAAACUUUUCACCAUGAAAAAGCUCUUCCUCAUCCUGUACCUGAACAUCCAAUUAUGUUUAAUA